CAGGCGUCAGGAGGUUAUCCUCCGUCCUCAGGAAGCGGUCAGGGUUAUUCAAGUAACCCACCACCUGUCAUGAUGGCGCCCACAGGCUACGCGGUAAAACUUUGUUCUAUUCCUUUAAAGUCAAGCCUUCUUUAUUACAAAAUAUCGUUGGGUUUGGGUAAGCAUUAGGGUUAAGUUAAGAAUUGAAGAGAUUGGUUGUGGUAUCCUGUGGUACGUUGACAUGAUGGCAUGAGAUGCAUUUUAACUAGUCCAUGCUGCAAAGCCUAAGCUUAUCUAAUUAAGCUAAAGGCUUUCUUACUAUAGUCUCGAUUUUAAAAUUCUGCGCUCUUUUCUUGCAAACACAUCUCGUAGUGUUUUGGUGAAUGAAACAUCUGAAAAGGAAGCAAGCUUUCCUUAUUCAAUUAUUAUAUAUGUCCGAAAAAGUGGCACCUAGCUGAUCAAGUUACUGUAGUGUAUGAAUGUCCCAAGGCAAAUGUGGCCAGGUGGUAAGAUGCACUGGACGAGCAUAUGAGUGGUUGAAAAGGUGAUAAGUUGUGAUAUGGCAAUAUAGUUGUUCCCGGGUGUUCCUGUAUAUAUUUUCGCUCCAAAAAAUACACUAAACACUGAUCCUCUACAACCCCUCCCGGAAUAUAGUCAGUUGUAAGGUACCCUAGAAAAAGGAAACAUUCAGCAAAACAUGUGCUAUUUUCCUGUAUAACAUCCCAUUUUUGAUCGUAUGUAAACCAACUUCAACCAUCGAACCUAAUGGAACUCAAUCAAAUUUUGAUUGGGUUCGAUUGAUAAAAAAUUUUUGUGAGAGUUUAAGUGUGUUUGAUGACCAAACUUAAUCAUACCCAAUUGUUCAAUUAAGGUCAAUUAAUAAAAAGUUCGAUUUGGUUUGAGUGGUUACGUCAGCUAUGAACUUGAGUCCUGAUGAAAGUUAACAUGUACUCUAGAUAUCAGAGUUUUUCCUUUUGUGCAGUGGGGAUACAUUGUACGUUGAUGUCGUCAGGCCAGCACAUUUUCAGCCAAAGGCCUAAAGUCACAAGCAGGAAAGCCCAAGAAAAAUUCUAGUAUGAAUUCCCAUUUAUCUUGUCUGUUGAACUUUGAGCUUUUCCAUUUGAUUACAUUAUUUUGAAAAAAUCAGAUUGGACAUCUCCAACUAUAGUAUUCCUUUGUUGAUAAAAACAUAAUUAUAUUAGUAAAAUCAUGUUCUAGACAUAAUAAGUAAGUCGAAAAUUGAAAAAUACAUUGAAUGCGAUAAAAAUAAUACAAAGUUAGAUUUGCAAAAUAUAAAUAUAUAGAUUUGUCCAGGGCUUAAAGCAAAGCUCUCUUUAAUAUACUUCUAGUUUACCCCCCAAAAAUAUAUAAUUUCAAGUAAUGCUAAUGACAACGGAAACAAAGAUGGCAAAAAAAAUCAAUAGGUCUAAUUAGCAAUAAACAAUUUUGCAAAUGCUGCAGACAGUUUUGUACAUUUCUUUACCAUUGUUUUGCAUGACUACAAUUAAUGUGAUACUUCCUAGUUACAUGUUUUAUGGCCCAAUUUGACAACUAUCAAUUGACUAGACUUGCUAUAAGUCGACCUCUUGGCGAGCGGAGCGAGCCUCUUUACUUCGCGAAGCGGCCAACCGAGUAUUCAAGUUGCGAGAGGUCGACUUGUCUCGCUUGAGGGAUUUACAUUUGCGUUUCCCGCCAAACAUGGGGAGUUGCGUGACUGGCCUUUGGGGUUUCAGGUUGCAUUUGCUAGUCCUAAACUUCAUUAGCGGAAUGUAGUAUUUCCACUCCAACAAAAACAAUCGAACGGGUGUGCCGUUCUGUGACAUCAAAAGAGCAAAUUUAAGUACUUUGUGUUAAAGUUGUCACAAACGAAGAUUUCAAGUCAAUGAAAUGGAAAUGUGCGCUUCAGAUCUUGAUACUGGUGAGUAAAAAAAAUCACAGCAAAGAACUGAAGGAGCCCUUUUUGUAGCGCGUGAUGUUUUUCCCAAUCGACCGACAGUUUGAUUGCGGCGCUGCUAUGCAGCAAUGCAACAAUAUAAGUGGAUUUCGGGAAUUUUCAUGAGGAAGCGAGUACUCUAGUUUCUCUUCAGAUUUCAAAAUAUCCUCUAGCUGUUUUAGCAAUCAUCUGCGCGAUCCUAUGCAACCAGAAUUGCGUUUUGAGACCUGAUCUUUGAGCAGUCGGCAGAACAAUCACCAAGACGAUGGCAUUGCAACCCUCGCCAAAAUGGUCAAAAGUGAUGAAGCCGGCUCAAAAGUCAGACUUUGCCCAGGUCCGGUUAAAGCAGACACAUCAUGUAUGAGAAGUAGCUUCCCCCCCUUGUCAUGUACAUAUUAAGCUUCGAUUGUUUCCUCUGUCCAUUGCCACGAGAGCAUUUGCUUUCGCAAUGGACAAGUCACGUUUUAAUGUGCUUAAUUAUCUGUGAGCAACAACUUUAUCCCCAAGGGUCCCAAAGAGCUACUUUGAUUGGUCUAAGCGCAGUGAUCCAUUUUUGGGUCGCUAAAUCAAGUAAGAAAAGUCCUUCAUCCCACACCAUAUUAAAACUGACGAAGGACUUUUUUGAAAGUCUAUCAAUUGACCUUCAUGAGGAUGGCGAAGCGUAUUUAUUUUUCUAUGUCAGUAAGGGUGACAUUUUAUAUCAGCUGACAUGUAAGGGUAAAACAACCGAUCUUACACCUGAAUCCCCCAUACAGUCAUGUGAUACUUGUCAAUGGGUGCUGAUUUUGACAGCUGUCAGUUCAUCUUCGUAUGAGUGGCUUAACUGACAGGGUAUUAUCAUUAUUUUUAUGUUUUUGUAAAGUACAAGACAGUAGUAAAUGUGAUACAGACGGUCACCUGAGUAUCAGAUUUUCUGGUAUCCUUAGGUUACCAUUUUCUCUUACACAUGGUGCUCUGCUGCAUGCGUUUCGCAUGGCAAGAGCUCCGCUUUUAUGUUCCUGGACAAAUUAUACUAAGCAAAUGCUGAGUUACAAAAAACAUGCGUACAUGUAGAUAUUUGAAAUUUGAAUGAAAAGAGUGGGUCAAGUUGUCCUGUCAGUUGAUGGCUUCAUUCCACAGAGACGAGGGAGGGAGGGUGGGGGUUGUUUUUUUUUCCUUGGGGAGAGGGGAGGGUCUGUUGUUUCUGAUUGGUAUUGGGAUUGCAUUGGAAAGCAACAAACAAACCAAAGAGAAAAUGUCUGCCCCAAAUGUUUCUGUGCUAAAGGAGAAACCAUUGCCUAAUUUUGCAACUUUGCAGCACUUUCAGCACUUUUACAAGGACCUUUCUUGCACAUAGCCCUUCAAUAAUAUUAUUCCUGCCUCCUCUGACCAGCGCUUGUGCCUCUUGAAUCCCAAUAUAUGUUUUGUUUUAGGAUUUUGAAGAUUUUCUUAAUUUUUUUCAUCUUACCUGUUCAAAGGUCAUAAAAUAAUAGUGCCAACAAUAGUCAACAUAGGAACUUCUUUGUCCUAUGUUUGUUUGUGUUAUAGGUACCAGGAAUGCCAAUGAUGGCACCAGGAUAUGGUCCUCCUGGCAUGCCACCUUUCCAGACUGUUGCCAUGCCAACUGGCCAGCCAAUGGGUUUUGCUCCUGGCAGUAUUCCUGGGAUGCCACCAGGUUAUGCCCCUCAAAUAGCUCAACCAAGCAUGCCACAAGCAGUAGCAGGAGCAUAUCAGCCAAUGACCAACACUGGAUCACCAGCCAUGAUGAGUAAGACAGUAAAUUAAUAAUAUUCUCAAAUAGCGAGGGAUGUUACAUUUGUUAUUGUGGCUUUCGAUUUUGAAAAAAAGGAUGUUUUUUAUGAUUUUGAUUUAUCAGGUUUUAAUAUUUAAGUCCUUGUUUGUUUGUUAAGCUUAUUUUUUCAAAGGUACAUUUUGAGGGCAUUUUUGAGAUUAUAUUCAGAGGGGCUUAUCUAAGAGGAAUUUUGAAAAAUCAAUUUAAUUAUAGUUGGAAGGAAAUUUAUUUUUGUAUUUUGUAUUUGUUCUUAUAUUAUUUUUAUUAUUUAAUGGAAGGUUUUUAUGAUUUUGAUGGGGGCUUAUAUCUGAUUAUGAUUAUUUUCAAUUUGAUAUUUUGAUCUGCAAUUUAAAAGUUUUGAAGAAAGAAAUGAGUUUAAUUUAGUAGUCCUUACAUAUUUUGUGUUAUUAUAUUAUUGUUAUUACAACUAUUAUGAUUAUGAUGAUUAUGAUUAUGAUUAUUAUUGUUAAGGCUGAGUUUAAAAAGUCAUUAUCAAUCCAAUUCGCUCGUGAUUGAUCAUAGGUCCUCCCCUAGUGUUUUGCCAUCUGACUCUUAAUUUAGCAGUAACUGUUGCCUUGUGCCACAUAAGUCUUCUCAUAUGUUGUUGUGUGCCUCCAAGUGUGUCUGGGCUUCCCUCUCUUAUUCUUCUCCUAUGGGUUCCACUCAAGGGCUGUCUUAGCCACAUGUCCAUCUGGUCUCCUCAGCGUGUGGCCAAUCCAACCCCACACUCGUUUUUUUAUCUCCUCUCCUACCAGUCACUGCCCUGCCUGCCUCCACAACUCUUCUUUUCAGAUUGUAUGGAGCCAUCAAAUGUACAGGAUUCUCCUUAGGCACUUGUUAAAAAACACCUGCAACUUCUGGUUCAGUUCCUUGGUCAGUCUCCCAAGUUUCUGCACCAUACAAGAGUACAAUCUUCACAUUUGACCCAAAGACUCUCAACUUGGUGCUAGUUGUUAGUGACAUGAACUGCUAUGUCAGUCUUGUAUUGCAAACACCUUCCUUUCCUUCCCAAUUCAUUCCUUGAUGUCCUACUCAGUUACCCUACUAACUCACAGUACUGAUAAGUUACCGACACUUAUUCAGUUCCUUUAUUUUUCUUACAAUCAUCACUCCAUCCCCCAGUUUGCCCUUUGUCUUUGUGUAUUUAUCUUCAGGUCAGCCUUUGCCCACUGUUCCUGACAAGCCUGUGUUUUGUCCUUCAUAUCCUGUAUCCUGUGUGACAAAGAGGCCAGAUCUUAUAAUGAUCUUAUGUGGGACCACUGAACACCAUGCUUCCUUAUAAUGAUUAUCCUUGUCACCCAAUCCAGAGUGACCUGAAACUGCUAGGGUGACAGUGGGCAGCCUUGUCUUACCUCCUGUUUUCGUGCUCAGUUGUGUGGACCUCUGGCCCCAGUUGUUCAGAUACUGCAUAGCACUAUCUUCUAGAUAGAUCACUAUCCAGCAGAUAAGACUGUAGUGUUAGGGAAACCAACAAAAUAUUGCAUUAUCCACUGGUUAGGGUUAUCCACCUUUUUGAAUGUCUUUCGCCUGACCAUUAUGCAUAACCUUUGCCGUAAAACUCCCAUACGGAGGUCUAUAAAUAGUGACUUCUUGACAGGCACAACACCUCUAUGCUGACACUGUCAGAGGCCUUUUCAAAGAGUAUUAAGUUGAUGUACAAAGAGGACUGCCACUCAACCAAUACUCUGUUCUCAGUGUUACUCUAUGGUCCAUGCAGCUCUGACCAGCUUGAAAUCAUGCUUCCUCCUCUCUCAGCUUCUUGUCCAAUGCCGUUUUAAUGUGCCCCAAAAACACAAAUUAAAACACUUUACUUGCCAUGUUGACCAGCAUGUUUAUGAUGCCAGGUCAGCUUUUACUGUGGCUCAGAUUGCCUUUCUUUUGUAGCUUGAUUAACACACCUUUGUUCCAUUCUUCGAACACCUUCUCCUCAUUCCAUAUCCAGUUGCAAAAGCCCACAAGAACCUCCUCUGACACCUCACCUUUAGCCUUAAUCACCUCUGGUGUAUAUUGUCACAACAUGGUGCCUUUCCACUCUCACACUGUAAGCUUCUUCGUAGCAUUCUUGAUCUCAGAACUUGUUUAUGGAGCCAUGUCCACCCAUUACCUCUGUUCUGCCAGUGUUGUCUGUACCAACCUUAGCAUUCAUGUCUUCCAUUUCAUUCUUAACAUCCUUGCAUGGCAAGUUCCCAAACACGGCCUUCAACUCUUCAUAAAAGUGAUCCAUUGCCUCAUUUGUUGGGGCAUAAUGACCGUGGCCCAUCUUCUUGGAGCUGGGAAGUUAUCAGAAUUGUGCACGUACUCAUAGAUGGGAUCAAUAAUUCAAAAUAGUGCUUGUUACAGUUUGCCCAAGGGACAAGCAAAUGUUGGUCAGCACAUUUUACUUUUCUUGCUUUUGACAGUUCCUACUGCUGCUGUGGCACCGCAGCAAGUUGUUGCGGGAAGCACCAACUCACCCUCUGUUGUGAAGCAGGUUCAGGAACAAGAGAACAAAGCUAUGGACAGUCCAUCACAGAACAGUAAGUCAGAACAGCAAGAUGACAAGGAUGGAGAGGUGAAGAAAGAGAAAAAGAAAGUCAAGAAACCCAAAGAAAAGGUACUAUGAUCAGAGAAUUGUAAUUUUUAUGACGUUAUUUUUUUUUUGAUAAUUUGUUGUGAAACACUGAAAGUGAUUUUGGUUAAUUGAAGACCUACCAACAUAAAAGCAUGACAGUCAAGGAAACUACAAGCAGUUCCAUUUAAACAAUAUUUGCUGAUGACAAGCUCAAGGAAUAGUCCUCGAAAUAAACUUUAAAAUACUCAAAAUCUAAUGCCUGUUUUCUUCAGUCUUUGAGGCAACACUAUGCAAAAUUAUUUGGUUUCUUUUUGGAUAAGUCGGCGGUUAUUUAUGCCAAUAAUUGCUGCUGGACUGAUUCUUAUGCUAUGCAAUUCUCGUAGCACACAACAAGGAUCGUGUAGCUCGCUAUGUGAUUCUCGUCAUGCAGGAAAGGGGACAUGACUGGUAUCUUCAUUUUUCUAUGAUGCUGUACUAUUAGAAUUUUUGGAUCUACUUGUUUAUAAUACUUGUAAUCAAGUACAUCUGUACAUAUUAGUGAUGCAAUACUUUUGAGUGGUAUAGCUUGAAAUAUCCAGUCAUAGUUCUAAAUUACCAUCAAGAAUAUACAAUAAACAAGCACAGAAAUAAACGAGUAAAACUUUGAAUUAUGUAUACUGAACUGUAUUGUUCUACAUAUCAGUGCAGUCAGUGUAGCUAAUGUAGUCAGUGUGGUCAGUGUAAUUGGUGCAGUCAGUGUAGUUGGUGUAAAAUAGCAUCUCAUGACAAAAUUUGUAAGGUUGUUUUUUGGUAUGCAUUUUUUAGAAGAACAAAACUCCAUGGACAGAACACAAGGCUCCGGAUGGGAGAACAUACUUCUAUAACACUGAAACGAAAGUCUCCACCUGGCAGAAACCAAAUGAAUUGAAGACUCCAGGAGAGGUAAGACAUAAAAUAAUGAUAAAUAUCAUCUUCAACAGAAUAAAUGGGAUACCAACAUGCAUUCUGAUAGGUAUAAAAAGCCUGCUUUUUACACCGGUGCAUGUACAAGUAAACACAUGGUUAACAACUGGCACUUAGUGGAGGUGGGUGCCUGGGAUGUCUAGGGGCUUCCACUUUUGGCACAGCCAGCCCCUAGACAGAGUUACACCCCCAUAGCCGGCAAACCUGCAUCCUCCAGCCAUGAGUUCCCAUGCCAAUGGAACCAGGCACCUGUCACACUGAUUUAUCAGUGGAAAAAUAAAGGGGGGAGGGAUGGGGGUAAAAGAAUGAUUCAGAGGCUAAACGAAGAGAGUGGCCGCCAGAAAAAAUGGUGUACUGAGCACAUGGAGGUGACGCAAGGAAGGGUGACUGCGCCUGAUCCAAAUGACUGACCGCUGACCAUACCAGUGCUCCUCGUUUUUAACUGUGUUAAAUAAAUUUAACUUCAUAAAAUGAGCUUUUGUCAUGUCUUGCAAGCAGGGCAUUUUGUACAGUCCUCUAAACUCUGUCUCUCCUGGAAAUUUGAAGCUAUUCAUUUUUGAGAAGAUUCGCUAAAAUGUAGUUUACUUGCACAAGCUUAUGACAUGGUUGCCACAUCCAAGAAUUAACCAUUCAGGAAGAAAACAGGAGAAAAAAGGACAGCUCAUCACAAAAAAAAAUUAAUUUAAUAAAAAAUUGUUGGCAGGUCCUUGAAGUUAUUUUUUUAAGGCUGGGCAGUGACAUAUGACGAAGAAUCCCUUAGCAUUUGUGAAAUCAUUACCUGAAAUUUGAGACCAAGAAUCUGAUCAGUUUUGCUUCAUAAAAACAAUCAUACAUGUAUUGCAAGACAAAAGGAACUACAAAAUGAGAAAACUACAUUCUAGACCCUUCGCAUUUAAUUUAUUAAAUUCUCUCAAUUAUCAUCAGAUUCAAGUAGACUCAUGUCCAUGGAAAGAACACAAAGCUGACACUGGCAGAAUAUAUUAUCACAACACUGAAACGAAAGAGUCAACUUGGACAAUACCAAAGGAAUUGGCUGAACUCAAAGGCAAGUACUACGCUAACUAAUGGUCAUAUCAGAAACGAACUGCCUUGUCACGUGGUUGCAAACCAAGAAUACACUGAGAAAAGGUCUGCCUUUUUGGCUUUUUUUUAUUGUUGUGUGUUUAAACUGAACUAAACAUUAAUGGUUGGCAAAUUUCAUUAGGGGGCAUGACUGAAGUUCAGACAUGUUGAAUUACAUGUAACUUGCUUACAAUACUAUAACAUCCUAAUGAAAAAGACAAAAAGAUUUCACCGAAACUGCAAAAAAGAGAGAGAGAGUGCUUUUCAGUGUGUAAUUUAUUGAAAGCACCACAAACUAAUAACAUAAGCUUUCACUUUGAGCUGGAUUUGUAAGGGAACCUUGUUCUUGUUGGAAUAGCAAUCUAGGGUGGCCAAAGUAGCAUGUAUUAUGUUUUUGAGCUGGCCACAACUACUGCUGUACUAUCCCUCAAAAUUUUAAAGCAAGAAACACAUUUCUAACCCCUUUGUGAUUUGUUCAAUUUUCAGAGUUGAUCAAGCAAGAGCAAGAAAGAGACGAGUAAGCGUUGUUAUGAUGUGCUGUUUUAAAACCCAGCAAAAGUGUUUUAUCCUGUUUAGAUUACAAUGCACGAAUGUAGCUGAGUGGCAACAGCUACAAACUUGAACAAAACUCUUGAUAACAUUUCAUACUUGCAGAAAAUUUUUCUAAACAUUUUAGCUACAGUGAUUCUUCCUUCCCCGCCUCCCCCCAGAAGCAGUGUUGUUGUGCUUCAUCCCUAGGCGGUUGUAGGAAGUAACAUUGAACUGGGUGAGGGGGUUUUCUUUCUGCAAGGCCUUUGAUUUGGAAACAGUUUUGUUGUGUAAGGUAGUGCGUAUUAACAAAAAAACAUUCUUAAGUAGUUCUGUCCUGGAUUGUUAAACCACAAUCCUUUUGAAUCGGUUAAAACAAAACUUUGAAUAGGUCUGGUCAUUCUUCAAACAAUCCUUACAUGUAUAGAAGUUUUGAAUCAUCAGAGUGAUGAGUGCAACACAAGCAACUUAAAAAAUAAAAAAAUCAGAGUCUUACCAACAGCAGUGAAACCUAUUAAUUACCUUGUGGUUACUAUUGCACAUCCCUAGGCUCUACCCCUGAAUAGUCAUCAUAGUUUCCCCUAGCAGUCCUUGAAUCAUUUUGAAACUUGCUUGAAGGCUCUGAACAUUAAUCACACAAGUUCUUUGCCCAUUUGGGUGAGAGAAGAGACACCAUUUGAACAUUUUUCAGCAAAGAUUUCUUAUGACCAAUUUUUCCAAGUUUUGUGAUGAUGUUACUUGCUUCGCCACAAAGAAUCUAAUAGAUCAGACUUAAAGAGUUACUUGAUGUGUCCUAUUGUGUGGAAACCAAGUCCUUGAAAAAAUGGUAUUAAUUCUGGGAAAUGUCCUUGAAAAUGAAGUUUUAGUGCUAGAACUAUGUUUGAAAAUAUCACUCGUUAAACUUUCAUUUCUGUUUUUUAUGUUAGGGAAGAGGAAGAAUCUGAAGAGGAGGAGGAGGAAGAAAAAGCGGAAGCAGAUGGCAAAAAAGCUGAUGAAGGCACAUCACAGGAUUAUCCAAUGGCAAGGUAUGAUAGAAAUUAUCAUCCUUGUUGUCUGUACAUGCAUUUUUACAAUGAUUGCUUGUGCCUGUUGGUGUCAUGCAAACUAUAAAAAGGUUGCCUUACUUGUAUACAGUGUACUUGUUCUAAAGCUCGAAGAAUGAGCAUUCUACUUUCAAUUGAUUGCUUUGUGCGGUUAAUAGCAGAUGAUAGCUACGUCACUGGCUAAUAGCAGGCAGUGAUAGUAAUAAUAUUGUGUCAAGUGAGGAAACGUAAUAUUAUCGCAAUGGUGUCCAAACACUAUCCCAAACUUCAAAUACCAUCUUUGUAAAAUGUUUAGGAAUCUAAAAUGGAUUGAGACUAAAGUACUUGUAACUUCCCAGAAUAUCCUUUUCCUACUAAGCUACUCAUUUGCUGUUUGUUUCCCUGGUUUUUCACUUCUACUUCACAUAAUAUUUUUGUUUGUCGUUAUGUAUAAUCAGUUGAAUAAUCACACAUGCAACUAGGUGCCCAGGGGAAUCACCUCAAUGCUGUCGUGAUAACAGAGAUGACAGAAUUUUAAUUUUGUGAUGCUAUUGUUGUGUGUUUUGCCCCACAGUGCUGUGAAUGUCAGUGAGACUCCAGUUGUGGCCACUGUAGAGAAAAAGGAGUAUGUGUAUGAAACCAAAGAAGAAGCCAAACAAGCUUUUAAAGAACUCCUCAGAGAAAAGGCAAGUCUUAUGUAUGGCCCAGUGAUACAGUGUAACACUAACAUAACAUAACAUAACAUACAUGUUUAUUCAAACUCAUAAUAACUACAUGAAUUUGAAAGGGAGAGUCUAGAGGUUAACCCUAUGAAUAAAACUCUCCUAAAAACAACAAACAAACAAUAAAAAUUACAACUUUAAAAAGGAUUUGAGUUUACAUUUAAAAAGUUCAAGGGAACCGGCUUCAACAACAUUACUAGGUAAAUUGUUCCAGUAACUAAUUACAUUGUUAAAAAAAGAAUAUUUAAAACAGUUGAUUCUAGAUAAUUUACAAUAAAGCUUAUACGAGUGAUUUGCCCUAGUGGAUUUGACUUUUGCGAAUUGAAAGAAUUCCUCAAAAUCCAAGUGUGAUAAGCCAAACACGAUCUUGUAACAUUCAACAAGAGAGGAAUAUGUCCUACGACUGGACAAAGAUGGCCAAUGUAACGAGUCACAAUGCUCUUCAUAAGACAUAUCACCUCUUUUUUGCCUAAGAGCUAAUCUUGACGCGCGUCUUUGCACGCUCUCUAUUGCAUGAAUAUCUUUGACAAGAUAUGGGCUCCAGACUGGAGCAGCAUACUCUAGAAGUGGUCUGACCAAUGUUUUGUGAAGCAAUGAAAAAGUUGUUGUAUUAGCUGUUCCAACAGACCGUCUUAUUAGCCGUAGGACUUGGUUCGCCUUAUUCACCAUAGUACUAAUAUGUUCACUCCAAGUAAGAUCUUUUGAUAUAAUAAUUCCAAGAUCUUUAAAGCUCUUGACAUCUUUUAAGGCCGUACCUAGUUUAUAAUUCCUAGUCGAUUUGUCACGAGAAUGCAUGAGAAAUAACCAAAGGUUAUGAAGUACGGGCGACAAUGAUCGAAGGUCAAAACUCUUUUUCUCAGACACUCUGCUUUGCCUAAGUUUCAUGUGAUAGAUAAUCAAGACACCUGCAACUAAAUUACAACUGAUAGAAGGUCCAAACGCACGUGAUCAUGGAUUGUGUUUGAUGCAUUCCAUUCAUUCUUAGUCAUACGUGCGGAACAUGCGUAAUAAGAACCUGGAGAAUAGGAUUGUAGGAGACAGACAGAGUUGACAGAGUUGCUUGAUCAAUAACAGGGUGCCCAAACCUGUGUUACAAUGAAGGGUGUAAGUGAUCACUGAGUGAAGUGACACAGUUUAAUCCUAGUCUGGCUAAAAAAAGGUAUUUACAAGCCAUGUAUUCCUCAUUAUCCUUAACAAAAUGCGUUUCUGCUUUGCUUGAUGCAGGAGGUCCCAUCUAACUCUUCUUGGGAUAAUGCAAUGAGAAUGAUUGUCAAUGAUCCCAGAUAUGGAGCAUUGAAGAAAAUGAAUGAGAAGAAGCAGGCAUUCAAUGAGUACAAGACAAAACGUGCCAAUGAAGAGAAGGUAGGGAGCAAUAAUUAUCCUCUCAUCUUUUUUUAUGGUUAUUUCAUUCAUUUUCAACUUAAAAUCUUGAAAAUCUUUCAAUAUCCUCCUUAUUGACACAAUUUCAGCGCCAUGGGAACUCAAAAUUUCUCAUCCAGAAACUUCUAUCCACUGGAGUUUCAUAAACUGUGCCUUUUGAUAGUGGUAAUAGGAUUGAGUGGAGUCCAAUUCAGUCUUUAAUCAUACAAGUGAUUAACAAAAUUGCGGGAGUCCCAUUUGUUCAAUCAUGAGUAUGAUUACAGAUACAAUUGGGCGACACAAAGUUCUGUUACCAAUUAAUCAUAACUAUAACCAAAUUUGUGAUAUUUUAAAAUAAAACACGGAAAAUUCCGAGAGUUUUUUUCGCUAGCAGUGAAAAAAAGCCAUUUAAGUGUGCACAAGCACUGGUGCGUACUGGCCAAUUACUUAGGCAUGAUUCGUACUAUCCUAUUACACUGUCCUAUCAGCGUUGAAAUCAGACCAGUUGAUAGCCAAUCAGAUUUUUAUUAUAGUCAUAAUUAAUGAAAUUACUGUAAAAUUCCGAAAAUAAGCCCCUCAGUGUAUAAGCCCCCCAAACUUGUAACGCAAAAAAAACCUCCGUUAAAUCGCCCCUCCAAAUAUAAGCCCACCGGGGGCUUGUACUUGGCAAUUGCCCUCAAAUACAAAGUAGAACAAAACAAAAAAGGUAAAUUUCCUUCCAACUAUAAGGCUAGCCCAAUCGAUUUUGAAACGCAAGUUUCCCUCCAUAGAUAAGCCCCUCCGAAUAUAAGCCCCUCCAAAACUAAGCCCCUCAAAAAGGGCCUGUGAAAAAUAAAAGCCCCGGGGCUUAUUUUCGGAAUUUUAUGGUAACUUAACUUCAUUGAUAUUGUGACUGGCAAGUAUUGUAUAUAACUGAGUUGGUACUACAUGACAGAUAUGCAUGGUGAGACUUUUAAAUAUUAAACACUCAAGCUGAUCAGUCGAGUUUCCUUGCCUGUGUCUUAGUUAUAUCAUUGUUGAUUACACAGUGUAUUCCAUGAGCACUUUGUUUAUCCUAUGUUUACAGGAAGAACAAAGAGCAAAAGCCAAGAAAGCCAGGGAAGAUCUACGCAGCUUUCUGGAAAGUCACAAGAAGAUGCAUUCUUCAGUUCGCUGGCGCAGGGCCUGUGAAAUGUUCGAUAGUGAUCCUAUGUGGGAAGCAGUUCAUGAAAGAGACAGGAAGGAUGUGUUUGAAGAUGUUGUGUUCUUCCUGGCAAAGAAGGAGAAAGAGGAGGAGAAGGAACAGCGAGCACACAACAGGAAGUUGAUGUUACAAGUCUACAAUACCAUGUCUUCUAUAACUUACAGGACAACAUGGGCUGAAGUAAGUCACUGUACAAAAUAAUCCUAAUGACAGUAGAAUUGUUGCUCCUAAUGAAUGAUAUUUUAGCCAUAUUAUAGUUUUAUUUUUGUGGAGACAGCAUGGCCGAGCUAUAAUUGUGCUGGACUUGUAAUCCAAAGGCCCCAAGUUCAAAUCCCACCCUGGCCGCAUUUUGUUCUCAUUAGUCCAAAGUUCUAAUCCUCGGCAAUGCUUGUAAAGUAGCUAACUGGUUUACCUCAAAUCAUUUGGGAUUCUUUUUAUGUUCCAUUUAAAUUAUUUGUCUCAUUAUCCCUGAAAAGCCCCAUAAGGGAAGAGGAUGUUAAAUAUCAAUGUGAAUUAACCUCAAACCAGAUUUUGCUAGGGUAUGACAUUAACAUUUUUUCAGGGGCUACUUGAUUCCCUAAUUAAUUUAGAGUGCAUGGCAGCCAGUUCCCAAAAGGUUCUCCUUAUUAUUUUCAGACUUAAGGUGGCUCGAUACAGUUUUUUAGGGCCAAUACCUCCCAAGUUUGGGCAUAAACUAUGUCGCCACAAACAAAGUUUUGGAAAAAUUGCCACCACAGUUGUAUUAGAUGAAGAUGAAAAUUUGUUAUGAUCAGGCUUACAACGGCAUCGGAGUUGUCAUAGCAAUGAAAUGACGCUAUUACCUAUUUUACUUGCAGCAGUAUAUCUCGGCACUGGGAACUGUUCCUCGAAAAUCAUUCACAGGAGCUUUUUCCUCCAACAGCAGCCUCGAUGUUCGUGAAGUUUAAGCGAAAGCUGUAAGAGCGUUAUCGAGAUAUUUUGGGAUAAAGAUUUUGUGGUUAGAAAUACGGUAAAAAAUGGACAAUCUUGGUGUUCGGCUGUUAUCUGUAGAAAACGAAGCGCUUUUGACAUGCAAUUUCACCUAAUAGUAGUUUCAAUCUUUUUAAAAACUUGUGUUAAGGAUCAAGGAGAUAGCUCCAGCCGAUUGCUAGAAAGAAGGAUUUGAUUAGUAUGUAUCAAGGCGCUCUUGUUAGCGGUUUUUUUAACAUUUUGGUCUACUUUAACAAAUUAGCGAAUAAUUUUUAAACCGCUCGAUAGAUUUUUUAAAAAAAUUAAGAUUCUUGAGAUUAACCUUCCUUUUUUAUGAGCUAUUAGUUUCAAGAUUAUUGAUAUAUUGUAAGGCAGUAAAAUAAGGGUUACAAUUCGCUAAUAUUUUGGCAGAAGUUUUGUGUUUACAAGUGUGAGCUCUCGUUAUUCAGGGUAUCGUGUCCAAGUUUCACAUUUUCGUGCACAACAAUAGCUAGCAUUUUUGCAUAUUUCAAAUGCAUUGUUAGUUACUGCUGUUCACGUGAAAAUGAAACUUGGAAACAAUGCCUUAAAUAAUUAGAGGCUUUCACUUGCAAUGACGAAACUUCGGAUAAAAAAGUAACGAAUUGUAGCCCUUAUUUUACUGCCUUACAAUAUAUCAAUAAUCUUGAAACUAAAAGCUCAUAUAAAAGGAAGGUUAAUCUCAAGAAUCUUAAAUUUUUCAAAAAAUCUGUCGAGCGGUUUAAAAACUAUUCGCUAAUUUGUUAAAGAAGACCAAAAUGUUUACAAAACCAGUAACAAAAGGGCUUCGAUACAUACUAAUCAAACCCUUCUUUCUAGCAAUCGGCUGGAGCUAUCUCUCAUGAUCUUUCACUCACGCUUUUAAAAAGAUUGAAACUACUAUGAGGUGAAAUUGCAUGUCAGAAGUGCUUCAUUUUCUACAGAUAACGGCCAAACAACAAUAUUGUCCAUUUUUUACUGUGUUUCUAACAAUAAAAACUUUGAUCCCAAAAUAUCUCGAUAACGCUCUUACAGAUUACGCUUAAACUUCACGAACAUCGAGACUACUAUUAGAGGAAAAAGCUCCUGUGAAUGAUUUUCAAAGAACAGUUCCCAGUGCCGAAAUAUACUGCUGCAAGUAAAAUAGGUAAUAGCAUCAUUUCGUUGCUAUGACAACUCCGAUGCCCUUGCAACCCUGAUCGUAACAAAUUUUCAUCUUCAUCUAAUACAACUGUGGUGGCAAUUUUUCCAAAACUUUGUUUUUGGCCACGUAGUUUAUGCUCAAACUUGGGAGCUAUUGGCCCUGAAAAAUUGUAUCGAGCCACCUUAAACCCUUGAAAUUGUUAUUACCCUCAGUUAUGUUUGUGAGCCCACACGCAAUAAGUACAAGUACAAGGUGGCAACCUUUGACAGAACAUUUGCCAAUUUUCUUUUUAACAAACAGGGUUGUUUGGAUGCCCAUUAUUUCCACAGAAUUCACUUGGAUUGUUGAUAACUGAUAAUAGGGAGCUUAAGCAAUGACGGCAGUGAUGGCAGCGAGAAGGGCUGAAAAGGAUUAGGUUUAGAUUGGCAAAACACCUUUGCACAUGCACUGUAUUUGUUUACAUUUCCUGGCACGAAUACGAUGUGAAACCCCCAAAUUUCACGUUUUUUGGAGGUUUUAAACUUCUUUUUUCUUCUUCAGCAUUUUGAUACAGUCCUUUAUGAUUUAAUUCCAGAAAAAUUCACGAACAUUUGACAAAUUGAACAAGACUGAAUAACAGUAAAGAAGUUUGCAACACCAAAGACUCACUUUUUGAGUGAAGUUUCCGCUUCCAUUGCUGUCCUGGUUGUUUUAAAAGCUCACUAAUAUCAUCGAGAGUUUUUGCUCAAUUCAGAAACUUUAGGUGUAUUGGUGCCUGUGUAAGUGCAAUAAAAGUGUUUCGUGUGGCCCUUUUUUUCUGGGUGCAUGUGUUCCCUGAUUUUCUGCAUUCAUUCCUACAGGUUAAAACCAUUUUUUUUGAGGUAUGUACUCUACCUGAUUGAGAUUAAGUGUUCUUGUGGACUUUGUUACACAGGCUUUGCAGAUGCUCAAAGAGCACCCAACUUAUAGAGAUGAUGAAGAAAUAAGAGGUAUGCAGAAACAUAACUGUAUCUAUUCUCUAGAGUAAGGAGGUAGCAUGGUUGAGUAGUUAAUAGCACUUCAUACUUUCAGCCUGACAGUCCCAGGUCGAGCCCCAUUCUGACCACUGGCUGGAGUUGUCUCAUAGUCAUCCUUAGCCCGUUCCAGGCUCUCAGAUGGUUGGGAAGAUGCAAAAGUGGCAGGGCUGGAAAAAGGGAAAAGGAAGGUCCUUCCUCUCCCCAGUUUCGCCCCAAUUUUUUUUUUCAUGGUCGUGCUUUCUCAAUUCAGCGGACCUGACUGUCUCGGAGCCUGAGCACUUCCACUCUAAACACAACAUUUUCAAUUUUUAUCAUUUACUGAAGCUCCAUCCGCACCCAAGUUACCAUGAAAACUAGGGUUUUUGCAUCCUUUAGUGUAGAUAGGGUAUCUGUAGCAAGAUAUCUUGCAAAAAACCAACCACAAUGAUACAGGCUUGGUUGAGUCUCAAAUUUCGUAAUGCCACUGCAACACAAUGUUCUUACCAACCCAGCUGCCCGGAAAACUAUUUAGCUAGUUACAUGUACCUCUGAAUAAUGGUGGUAUGUAGACUCUGUAUUGUAUUUUAUCUUUAGUUGAUUGAAUUACUGGACUGGGGGGUGUGAUUUUUAUCUCUUGUGUUGUAAGUGCUUUGUCUUAAUCACACAAUAUCGUCUGGGUAGGUCCCUCUCUUUUGCCUUUGUUGGCUGACGUGUUCGAAGACUUCUCCAUGGUCGAGAUAAAAAAUGAUCACUGGUAUUCAAAAACAAUUAACAUACCUACUGCUUGCUUGUCAUUUUUUGUAGAAUGUGAAAAAGAGGACAUGUUAAUAUCAUUUGAGGAACACAUCAGAACACUUGAGCAAGAAGAAGAGGAGGAGAAGCAGAGAGAAAAGAACAGAGUCAAACGACAACAGCGUAAAAACAGGGAAGGAUUCCUUGUGAGUUCAUCACCAACUGCAUAAAGUACAACUGCUAUUAGACUCUAGUUUACAAUGUGGCAGAUGUAGAUGGGGUUGUUGUUGUCUGAAUGAUGCUGUUGAAAGUUGCGAGAAUGUGGAGCACAGUGAUUUUGUUACCACUGCAUCCUGCGUCCCUGACAUAUAAAAUCAUCCCCAAAGACGCACAAAAGUUCAUGGCAUGCGUCCCGUUGGACGCAAAGAUUAAUGAUGUUUUUGUAGAAUAUCCUUUUCGUCUGAUCUCUGUGGCUGUUCUUGUGGCUGUUGUUUAAAGACGCAUAUUUCUUUUAGUCUUUGUUGUGCUUUACAAAAGAAUAUCUUUUAUCUGUCUGAUCACAUAAAGGCCCAAGAAUUUUCAAUUUUGUACGUGUUGUUUUUUGAACUGGGACUCAUUGGUUCUGGAUUGAGACUCAUGAUUUGUUCACAAGAUGAGUCCCAAGACUCACCAUAACUAUUUGUAACAAAAUCAGUAGGAGUGGAAACAUUUUUUCUUUAUCAACAAAACAAAAUAUUGUCUCCAUAGACUGAGCUAUUAAUCUUAAACCUAAUCAUAGGUGUUACUGGAUGAGCUUCACAAGAGAGGCAAGCUUCACUCCAUGUCUCUUUGGAUUGAUUUAUAUCCAACAAUCAGUGCUGAUGUCCGCUUCACCAACAUUGUAGGCCAGCCUGGUGAGUUAACUUUAACCUUUAAACAUACUUGUAUUCAAGCAAGCUUAUAGGAGAUGAGAUAGCCACCAUCAUGCAACUGAAGUGAUGACUAUCAAGCCCCAGUUAGUUGCCAUGUCCUUGAAAAGCAAAAGUCUGGCCAAGUCAAGUUAGUGCCAGAAACUGAAUGACUAAACGUGGACCUUGGUAACAUAAUGUCCUUUUCCAAAAAAAUAAAAACUGUUGUCAGGUGUGUGAUUUUUGUAAAAGAAAAAGGGCGAAUGAGAACAUCCCAUGAACUAAUUUGGGAAAACAAAACACAUGCUAAGAAAGGGUCUGUAAUUUAGACUACAAUUCUACAAAGCAUUAUGAAUCAACAAAUCUACUCAACUACCCAAAAAUCUGUUAGGUCUGAUUGCUUGGUUUUAUUUAUACUCACAAUGGUUUUUCAAACAAGUGGAUACUAAAACUAGAAUAUGCAUCAAGUAUACUACUAUUUUUAAUUAGGGAAUAAUAUAUAUGUUUUUUUUAAUGUCAUACCAACAGGCUCAACACCACUGGACCUGUUCAAGUUCUAUGUAGAGGACUUGAAGGCCAGAUUUAGUGAAGAAAAGAAGAUAAUAAAAGAGAUAUUAAAGGUAGGAACGAGACUAAUCGCACUUACCAGCAAAUGCCCUCUUGUUAUUCUGUAUCGACCAGUACCAAUAAUGAUAAAUAAACCUUACGAUCGUGAAGGGGCCAUUUUGAACUUUCACCUUAACCUUGUUUCAUCUUGUAAAUUCCUUUAAGGAGCUUAUGUAACAAUUAUUCCACGAGUGCGCAUUGGAUAUGGUUUGGCUAUAAUCAUCCCAUAUCCAACAAGCGUGAGUGGAAUAAUUGUUUUAAUAAAAAUGCCCACAAAAUAUCGAGAAUUCUUCUCGACUCUACUUGCAAAAUCAACCGAUUUUAAGCUUGUUUUUAAUUUUGAUCAGAUGCGCACAGUUAACAUAUUUGGAGAGCAUGGUAUAAUGCGUGAUAUACCAUGAUGGCUAAGCCAAUCAGAGCUCUAGAAUUUCAUAAUCCAAUGAUUCAGUCUUUAAGAAUGCCAAUUGUUGCCCCUUGUUUCUUCCUGCUCAUAAAACACGGUUCUUUACACUUCUUUUUAUUGGGCUGGAAUCUCUGAAACUGUCACACAUUUUCCGGGCUUUUGAAGCAGAAAAAUGUGAAAAUCAACUAAAAUGUGAAAUACUUGGAGAAUAAACAGGUUUUCUUUAUUAAGAGUGCAUUAAUUUUGUUUGACAGGAUCGUGAUUUUACAGUUGAUGUUAACACUGGAUUCAGCGACUUUAAUGAUCUGGUUAAAAGAGAUGAUAGAAGUCAAACCCUGGAUCCUGGCAACAUUAAAAUGUCUUUUAACCAUGUAAGUUGAUGCAAUUAGGGUUUUUUCAGGAAAAGAGCCAACAGCAAGAGAAACAGGCUUCCAGAAAAAGAACGCUAUGUAAGGUUCUUACUCACGGGGUAAUACGUUCAUGAAACAUAUAUUUUGACCUAAAAAGACCAAUAGUUCUGCCAAUGGUAACACCAUAGGAUUUCAAGGGGAUUUCUGAAUCAAACUUUAGGUCCACAGGGCUAUAUUGUCGCGUUAAGGCAAAAAUCUUAUGAAUUUGAUCUGUAAGAGCCUUAGUCACUCUUUCCUUUUGCAGUUUAUCGAAAAAGCAGAAGCAAGAGAAAAGGAAAGAUUGAAAAAGGAAGAAAGAGAGGUAAGAGGUGGCAUUACGUUUGUUUUACGACUUUCUUCAUAGUACGAAUACAUUCCAGGGCUGUGCUCUAGCAGCACCCCUCUCGGGCGUCAAGAAAAUCUUAGUUUUUCAUACAAAUCCUAUGCUGGGCACCCUGGAUUUCACAGGUUCAGAGCACUGGGCUUCUUCGACUUAAGACCUUAGCGAACGGGACGUUAGCAAAGCAAAACGACCAGUCACCGUACUGGGGACGAGUCAUAUUGUACUUAACAACUGCGUCGCUCACUGGAGGUGGGUGCCCUGCAUGUCCAGGGGCUUCCACAUCUGGCAAAGCCAGCCCCUAGGCAGAGUUACGCCUACAUGGCUGGUAAACCCGUGCCUUCCAACCAUGAGCCCCGACGCCCAUGGAACGAGGCACCUGUCACACUGAUUUUUCAGUGGAAAAAUAGAGAGCGUUAGACUUGAGAACGAGUAAGAGUACAAGAUCUAACUUUAAAAUGUUUUUGCGCGUGUACUUAUGAAAAAAAGACGUCCUGGAAAGCUUCAUUUUACCUUUUUCACCAAAUAUGUUAGUACGGUUACUGAAGGAGGUUAAACUUCUUACAUUUGAUAACCUGUUCCCGCCACUCCGACAUUCUCCCUAAAACACUUUGUAGAAUGACGACGGCUAUCACGUUUUCCCGCCAAAAUGACGCUGGCUCACGCGCGCGCACUACUUAGUAUUGAGAAAAUCUUGUACUCGCACAUUUGAAAGUACUCGUACUCGAACUCGCACUCGAAUCUAAAGCUCUCCAAUAAAGCGGGGGAGGGAUGGGGGUACAAGAAUGAUCCAGAGGCUAAACGAAGAGAGUGGCCGCCAGGAAACGAUGUACUAAACACAUGGAGAUGAUGCAAGCAAGGCUGACCGCGCUGACCGCUGACCGCUGACGGACAACACGCGGCUGCGCUCCUAAUUGUUUACUGCGUCAAAUUUCAUUUAACUUCAUAAUGAUGUGUCAUUGUCUUUUUAGCAAAGAAGAAGAGAGAGUUCCUUCAAACAACUUCUUAAAACUUGUAGCCCGGCCAUUGAAGAGAAUUCAACUUGGGAAGAGGUGAGUAUAGGGCCUGCCUAAGGGGCUAAGGGAGAGGAGAUUUUAGAUGGGAACUUAUGUAAGCGUAUACGUUACAAUAGGGCCGUUUAAACGAGGAAAAAUAAGACUCGUCUUACGUAGGACGCGUCCUAAAUCAGACUCAAACUAUCCCGUAAAAACGGCACAUUUCGAUUGAAAUUUAGCUAAGACGCGUCUUAUCUAAGGACAGCCCCGAACACCUGUUCUUCGAUAACGCAUCUUUGCUAAGAGCGCGUCUUAAUGUGCAGUUUCUACGCGAAAGUUUGCGUCUUAUUUAGAACACGUCUAAUGAAAGACGCUUCUUAUUUCUGCUCGUAUAAAUGGCCCUAAUGUCAUUGUCCUUUUCGGGACUUCGCCUUCUGCGUUAGCGCUGUAUUGCUCCACCAAAAAACAAAGAGAAGUAUUUAAAUAUAUAAAAUGUCGAGGAUAUAGCUAUAAAUGGCGCUGUGCAAAUUACAUCUACUGUUUUCAAAUGACGAAAUUCCUUUAGGUACUUACCAUUUACAUGGGAAAACCGGAAAUUCCGGUUGGAAAAUCAAAUGGUUCGCGGCAUUCCGUUUGGAAAGUUUUAGAAAAGAUGGGCUCUGAUUUGAGACGAGCAAGUUUUCAACUCCUUUUAGUCUGUUUAAUAGAUAUGAAUUUAUUUUGUCGCGGGUCGUACUCCUACCUCGUCAAAUUUUAUAGAUUUAUGUUGGUGCACAAGAUUUCCACUCGAGUGGUUUGUGUCAAUGGUGAGCAUCUGUCCCAUUUCGUUCGUUCACUUGAUUAGACUUUGAGCUACAAUGGAGGACAAAAGAACUUGGGACUGUGCGAAAGGAAUAGUUCCGUAGACUCUGCUCCUAAGGACAUUUUUUGUUCGGCUUUGGGUUCAUCCCGUCGUCCCCCCACUUCCCCUAGCAAUGUUGUGGCCCAAAAAAGCACUCAUUUUCACCCAUUUUGCUCCAAAUCCAACUUUGUUUGGGGUGGGAGGGGAGGGGUCGCUAGUUUUAGUAAUAUCACUGGAAAGGUCCCAACACUUUUGACCUCCAUUGUAGGUCUAUAAGUAGUGCACACGCGUGAGCCAGCGUCAUUUUGGCGGGGAAACGUGAUAGCCGUCCUCAUCCUACUAAGAAUUUUAGGACGAUGUCGUAGUGGCGGGAACAAGUUAUCAGUUUUAGAAGUUUAAUCGUGCUGCGACCGGGAAAGGGCUUAAACCCUCUCCAAUAAAAAUAACCGCACUAAUUUUUCAGGAGAAGAAUAGUACAAAGAAGAUUUCCGGGUUGUCGAGAAUACGCGAAGAAACUCUAAGUUAAAUCUCGUACUCGUAGUCGUCCUCUUUGUCAAAUCUAAAGCUCUCUAAUAUUAGAGGUCAUGUAUUUUUCUUCUUGUUUUUUUUUUUAGGUGAGAGAAAGGCUUGAAGGAGACGCGGCAUUUACAGCAAUUACAGUUGAGGCCGAGCGUAUAAGACUUUUCAACGAUCACAUUAGCUCACUAGAGGUUGGUAGAGGGAGUAUAUAUAGCAAGUUUUAAGAAAUUUGUGAUAUUUUCAUAAUACCAUAGUUUUUUCUUUUUUUUUCAUAAUCUGAAAUCUUGUCAAAAUAAACGAAAUUGUGCCAUGGCCUUCUUCAUUUUCACCUGCUUGUUGAAGGACUUAUUGGCCGUUUUCACACUGGAGACGGAUUAUCCGUCUGAGACGUGUUAUCCGUUGGAUAAUACGCGUAAGGCAGAUAAUACGCCAUAAUUUAGAUAUGGAACGGUUUUAAUUUUUGCUGAACAAUCCGCCGGACUUUAUCCAUCUGUUCAUCCGUCAAUUUUGACGGAUUUUGAAGGUGGAUUAUCCGUCUCAGACGGAUAAUCCAGUGUGAAAACGGCCAUUUUUUUUACGUUAUUGUACAGUACGUGCUUAACAGUCUUUUAAUUGGUCAAAAAGUGUAAUGGCUUGAAUGAGUUUAUCAUGCGAACACAUUCCCAAAUAUCUCACUCUGAAAAAAUGUCUGAACUGAUUUGAACUGAUUGGUCGUGAUUUUGACUUACUUUCUGACUAUUCGCUUUAGGCGUGUACUCAUAUUCACUCUUCAAAAUCGCACAAGAAAGCCAAAAAGACAAAGAAGCACAGGAAGCGGUCAAGGUCGCGGUCACCCAGUAAGGUAAGUUUUAGAAUCCUGCAGUUACGAACAGAACGCCCUUAAGUAAGUCUCGAAAGUAAUUUUGUGAUGUCUUUAUUUUGUUGUUGUUUGUUUGUUUAUUUUUUUUUGUCGGUGGAGAUCUUCAGUGUAACCUGCCCUAUUUUUAGAGAAAACUUUAGAUUCUAAGACAAGGGCGACAACGAGAAUGACAUUUCCUCAAUACUAAGUAGUGUGCGCGCGUGAACCAGCGAAAUUUUUGCGGGUAAAUGUGAUAGCCGUCGUCAUUCUACUACGGGUUUUAGCAAGAAUGUCUUAAUGGCAGAAACAAGUUAUCAAAUGUUAGAAGAUUUAUCAUUUUGUGAACUGGACAGUUAAGCUCGUUUAAUAAAAAUAACCGCACUAACUUUUGAAUGAAACUAAUGAAGCUUUCCGGAAUAUUUUUGGAGAAUACGCAAAAAAUAAACUUUAAAGUUUAAUCUCGUCCUGGAAUCUAUCAAAAGGUCUCUAUCAUAUCGACAGCUAUGACUUCAGGCCUUAUAAGGUCUGUAACCAGUUAAGCUGGAAAACGAGAUAAAACAAACAGACAAAAAAUAGUCGUGAUGGUUUGUACAUAACUCGCUGGCCUGUUAUGGCAUUCUAAAAGGAAUAAUCCAGUUCAGCUCUGAAAGAUAUUCCCAUAUCCCUUGUAAAUUUAAAUGUGUUGUUUUGAGUUGAUACGUCGUCUUUUUAAAGGAAUCAUCGCAAUCUGAGGAAGAGUACGCUAAAGAGAAGAGCUCGUCACACAAAAAGAAACGUCAUAAGCGAUCACGGUCCAAGUCGCCAGAGUCAUCCGCCUCCGAAUCAGGUUGGUAUCACUGGAAGCUCUCUAAAUCGAAUGCAAAUAGAAAAAGUAGGGGCUUAAGCGACCACAACGAAAACGGAAAAAAAAAACAAUUGGUUUUAUGAGCAAAACAACAGCACUACACGUACUUCACGCUUUUAGUACGUUUCUUGGACAUCCACUGCACGACUACAACGUGAAACUGUCGUUUUUUGGAGGACGUGGACAUACGAUGAGGAAUUUUGCUUUCCUUUUUUAACCUGGAUAAAAACCUUAAGAAUUCAACUCCAAGCCUGGAUUUGAAGGCGGAAAUUAAACACGCGAUUAAGUUUUCAAGGACACAAAUUCCUUUUUAGUGACGUUUUCACUGUCGUCGUCGUCGUCGUUGGCUUCUUAAACAAUACUGCAUGCAAUAAGUACCGUAUUGAUUCGAUUAACCGCCCUGGGCGCUUAUUAAAUUUUUGGACCUUGAGAGUGGGCGCUUAUUCGAGGUGGGCGCUUAUUCGAGGUUGGGCGCUUAUUAAAUUUUCACCAUUUUCAGCAAGUGAAGUAUGUUUAUUUUGCAACAGAACAACAAAAAGCUAAUAACAAAAUGCAAAGAAGUAACAAAGCAAGGUUUCUGUAAAAUACUCUGAAGAAAACUCCGUCCUCGGGGAAGUCUCUUAGUAGAAUUUAUUCACUAAAGUGGGUGGGGUGGGGGUAAGCGCUUAUUUGAGUUUGAUUUUGAGGAGGCGGGGUGGGCGCUUAUUCGAGGCUGGGCGCUUAUUAACUUUUUCUGCCUUUAGGAUGGGCGCUUAUUCGAGGUGGGCGCUAAUUCGAGGUUGGGCGCUUAUUCGAAUAAAUACGGUACUUGCUUAAACAGCAGCAAAUUGUGUCUGGGUCUCUGUGUAGAUCUGGGCCGAGUUGUUCGAAAGUUGGAUAACCCUCUCCACUGGAUACAAACCUCUAUUCCAUGGAUAACUUAAUUGGUUUCCCUAAUACUUACCCACUGGAUAGUGAUUUAUCCGGUGGAUAGCGCUAUCCAACGUUUGAAUCGGCAACUGGGCCCAGGAUAACAAAAAUAAAACCAAUUUUAAACAAGACACGACUGGUCGAACACCUUAUUGAACCUGCUUCAUUGUUACUGUGUCUUUUCACCUGUCUCACCUCAUUCUGGUUUCUGAAAAGUCAAAUGUAUCUUAGGUCAGCAGGUUUGAAAUCUGUGCACUACCAGAGUGAGGUCUCUUUUUUCGAGUGUAAUGCUGCAUUCACAUCAACUAAGCAUGUUUGAUAAAACUAUGUUUUUAAAGAAACUAAUAACAUUAUCGGGAAACUGGAACACAGGAUUUUACACAAUUCAACUUAACUUUAACGUUACAAAAUUGCCCCAGAUCAUCAGAAAAGUACAGUAAGCAGCUUUUAAAAAGAAAAAUUUAAACUGCGUUUAACUUAACUGCUUUUAAUCAUGUUUAAACUUUGGUGUUAAUGAGGCAUAAGUUGACAAAUGACUGAAUAAAGCUCUAGCUCUCCCUACUUCCAGGCUUGUUUCCGUGGUAGGCGGCCAGUGUACAUAGAAUCCAUUUAAAUGGUUGAAUUCUGUUCUUUCUUCUUUCAGAACCGGAAAAAGAAAGCAGUUCAGCCAAAAAGAAAAAGCAUAAAAAGGUACAAGAUUUUGUUUUAAACAUCACUGUCCCCCUUGAAUGUUCGUUUGUGCGCGUAAAGCAGCGGCACUUUCUGCAGGUAGUACGCUUAUAGUUGAUCAUUAAAUGUUUUUGUUUUAUUGAUGUAUUUUCAGAAGUCGAAGAAGAAGCGGCAACGAUCGGUAAGUGUUCAUCUCCCAAAGUGUUCAUCUCCCAAAAGAAGGAGCCUUCUGUAAGAGGAAAGUAUCUUCGUUGUUUCUUAUUUGUUACGUUACUGCUGGUUUCCGCUCGUUUCACCUACAAUCGUGCGCCAAGAGUUUCUCUAGCAGCGAAAAAGAGAAGUCGAUGGGCGAACCAGUUUUGGGUCGAGACGAAACGACCGGUUGCUGCUGUACACGUUCUGAGCAAACCUCUUAAGGAGCUACCUUGUCGAGAGCUGCCGCAACAAUCUUUCCACCAAACUACUUUUUCUCUUUUCUUUUUUUCUCUUGGGAGCGACGGAUCCUUAAGAUAAUGUCUACAUAGUUUCUUUGGCAUUAAUAAUUUCGUAAGCGAUAUCUUUUAGGACAUUCCCAUUGUCAGCACUAGCUACAGCUACAUUUUCUCUUGGCAAGAAAACUAGGACAUAUUUUCAGUCUCCGCUCACCUGAAACGCAAGAUUUAUCGGUAAACGUCACAUGGGACGAACCUAAUGCUUAUGAGCAAGAACAACAGAAAGUACUCAUUGGUACUAUAUUCUUUGCAUAUCUAGUCUGACCUUACUGAGUUCUACGGGAAAAGACUUAAUGUUUUUAAAAUUAUGUUUGCAUGGUGGUCUUUUUCUUAGUGGCUUCGCCCUUCAACUUCUUCUUGAACCGCGGCAAGAUUAGCUCAGUUGUUAGAGCAGGAGGUCGUGGGUUCGAUUCUCGGGGCCGGACCAAUACUCAGGGUCUUGAAAUAACUGAGAAAUGAUUAAUGAAGGUAUUGCAUUUGCCCUGCAAGCGGUUAGACCUUCGCGUGGCUCGGGCGACUACUUGAAAUGGCAGUCCUGUCUCCAAAAUGAGACGUAAUAAUAGUGUUCCCAAUUAGUAUUUUUGUGUUAAUUACAUUAACGCUCGAAUUAAGUGCCUUUUCUUUUUCUUUUUCGUUUUUUGUUCUUUACUCUUUCUUUAAAUCAGCCUUCUGAGGAAUCUGACAGAGAGAAGGAAGACAAGGACAGAGAUCGCGAUAGACGUGACCGAGACAAGGACCGGGGAGGAAGGGACGCUGACCGCAGCAGAGACGUAGAGAAGGAGAAGGAGAAGGAGCGUGACCGAGACAAAGAAAGGGACUACAGAGAGAAGGACCGAGACAGGGAUAGGGACAGAGACAAGGGCAAGGAAAAGGACCGUGAGAAAUCCAAGGACAGGUCCAAGAAAUCUCAGGAUAAGGUGCUGACUCGAUCUCCGUGAAGAUCUUGUCUGUAGCUCUUGUUUUUACAGGUCGUGUACAUCACGGGCCGCAGAGAAGGAAAGUGGUGUCAGGAAGAGACGUUUCAUGGCCAUGGAGGAAUGACCAGCGUCCUUUCAGGGCGCUUAAGCUGUAAAAACUCUCACGUUACCAGUAGAGAUUUACGGUGGUUGUCGAUCACACGCGACUCAAUACACUACUUCCCCGUUUAAAUGGAGAGAUCUUGCCCCGGAUAGAAGAGUCUCCCCCCCUUCCCCCCACUCAGCCAAGCUACCCAGGGCGAGCCAACUUCCCCGUCAUUUCCUUAUAAAACUUGGCGAACCGUUAACUCGAGAAACAAAGGUUGUCUCUGCCGGUUCACCUUUUAUCGAUGGCAGGGUCAUCCUCCUAGCCGGGCCAACUUUCUCCAUGUAAACACUUUGGCUCACCCAGCCAGGUCAACUCGGUUAAGGCGAGACAAUCAGAGCAUGCGUAAGUGCUGUUGGCCCCGGUCAGGAGCGUCAACUUUUUCCUCAGAUAUAAAUGCUACCAAAGUUGGCUCGGCUGGGAGGUUGACCCUCUUUCCGGGAAGAGCUUUUCUUCAUAUAAACGGAGCCUUAGCCUGCGUGCAAUCGUCUCCCAUAAUCGAAGGAACCAUGAGAUGUCUGUGCGUAGUCUAUGGGUUUCUUUAAGGCGGACAAAAGUUUAACUUGGUUGACCAUUAUAAAUAAUUUCCUGGGCAAGGAAAUGCUGUUUUAAAUGCCCUUUCGAAUUUUGCCUUUUGAUGCAAUAUAGGUUAAUAAUUAAUUGUGAAAAAAAGAACUUUCGAAAGAGAAAAAAGUUUGAAAUAUAUUUACAGUGAGACUAACUAUUUUCGAUUAUAUCCUUUUAUGGAAAAAAUUUGUAUUUUUUUCAAUAGCUCGUUAUUGUUACAUUCCACCUUAUUUGUAACAGUUCUUAGUGGAAUUAAAACACUGACAAGUUUGCUUCCUCAUUUCUCUGUUGGAAAUUAACUUUGGUUAUGUGUUUGUACGAACUUAAAGUUUCGUGCUGAGGGUCAUCUUUGAAACAUUAUAGACGAGAUGUAGAUUGAUUACAGGGAGGGCUUUUUAGUGGUGGGGUUAGAAACUUCUAAUGAAAUUUAUUUUCCAUUGGUAACAUUGGUUUUUGGAGGUGGGGAAGAGCGCGUGCUGAAUCGUCCAUUUGUUACAAAGGACGCACUUGUCGUGCUUGGUUCUUACCACGAGAUCUGUUGGCUUGAAGUCGCGUGCGACAAAGGGGCAGUUUAUGUAUGCUCUCGUGUACAUUUUUAACAUUAGUCUUCUGAAUGUUAUUUAUCAUCCGUACUUCAUAAAACUGCCUUGACGCAAAUUCUGAACCGAAAUCAUAAACUUAUCUUGGUGACGGUUAGCAUCAUAGUUUUGAGUGUGUGGACAUUGCAACUCAAAUGCCAUUUAGUGAGCGAUAAUUUUGUACGGUUCUGGUUAUGUUAUCCUCCGUUUUCAAAUAGAAAUUUUGAAGAUUAUUUCAGGGUAAAGAAAUAGAUGCCAAGCUAAAAUUACGCAUACUCAGAAUCACACUCAAGCGUGCGCACGUGAAACGCUGGUCAUUGCGCCCGGGUGAAACUUUCUCGCACGGACACUAAAAAGACAUUCUUCUUUCUUGCUAGGUGAAUAGGUCUUUGGCAACAAACCGUGACAUGGUAAAAAAUUAGCCACGCUGCUAAGCAAACAGUGCGAUGGGGUAGGAAAGAAAGGUUCCCACAGCGUUAUUUGCUGGCUAUCUUGUACCAUUUGACGGUUUGCUGCAAAAGGGCCGUUGAAGAAGAGGGGACUCAUGGUUGAUUUGCUGUUUUUUUUCCAGACCGGAUGGGACACUACUUCGAGUGAAAGCGAAAGUGAACUGGAAAGCAGACGAAGAGCCCUGCUGAAGCAACUGGGUGCUGACGAAUAA